AUGCCGCCGACCAGUCUUCUACCAGCCUCUGCUGCCGCCUUUGCUCCCAGAGCGUCUCCUACAGUGGUUCUGUCAAGGGUGGAACAGUGGUUGACCGUGACACUCAAGAGAGUGAACAAAGUAAAGAGACCACUGAACAAUGUUGGGCAGCACACCCGAUGCCUCACAGAGAUCCUAUCUCACCAGAAAGCCAUCUGGAAUCUAUGUUCGAUCAUGCUACCCAAAGCUCCCGAGUCCAAGCUACCCAAGGAUGAGAACCCACUCGUGGAUGCCCUCUUCAACUACCAACUCACCCACAUGGAAGCCUAUGUUGUGCAUGUCGACAUGGUAUCUCAGAACGAAGUCGCCUUCAAGUUGACUCCAGAGACCAUUGAGACACUAAUCGACCAUCACAAGGAAAUCUAUUCUGUCGACACCGCAAGCAAGACAUGGGAUUGGCCCGAAAAGGAGAUCCAGCUCAAGAAGCUUCAAGAGGAAUUUGUCCAGGCUGCCAACCGGUUCGUAUACCGGACAAGUGCCUCUGCUCUGGAAGGCAUGGAGGAAGACGGCGCAGGAGAACUGCUCUGCGGACUGGCUGACGAAGCCAAGGCCGCCAUCAUGGGCUUGUUUGUUCCUCUUCUUCCUCCUCCGCCACGGAUCGUCGAUGUGGUGCGUUCUACGCCAUUAGUCCCUUCUUCGACUGGCCCUGAUGAAUGGUGGCAUCAUAGCCCGACCCAGCAAUCCCCUUCCCCGGUUGAGUCUUGGGAUGUACUACCUUCGAGCCCAAGCACGACGACGAGUGACUCGCAUCCGAACAUGUGGACCAACAUCGCAUACAGUGAUAUGCCACUGCCCUCGCCCACCCUGUCACACUGCCAGCCCUUCUCGACAGCGACUUAUAGCACGUCCGAGUUUUACGAGUGCCCCACUACACUAGCCUCUGCUGUCCCUUACCUCCUACCCGAUAUGCUAGUGCAGCAUCAGUGUGGUGCAGCUGCCGGUAUGGACGGCUUUGUAUGGGCUGAUAGAUACCCUGACUUCGCCCUACAGUAUGGAACAGCCAUGUAA